CCCGAUAUUGAAAUUGCUGUUUUAUAAUUCUGCUAUAUAAACAGCAACGCCCGAACGUUGCGGCCGCUUCUACCUCCUUCCCCUGCGCCGCUUGCUCUAUCUCUCUUUCCAACCGUUAUGGAAAUCCCGACGCAGAGUGCCAACGGUUUGCCGAUUACUAUUUCUUGCAAUUCUGGUUCGGUGGAGCCGUCCCUGAAGAAUAUGAAUUCCAGUCGGUUGAAGGACUCCCCAAAUGAAAUAAUCGAGAAAAUCUCCAGUGUUGUCUUGAACAUGGACGAGGUGUGCAGCCGACUCAAGGAUAACGAUGCCUCACCUUCGGCUACCCCGCACAAGCAGUUGCAGAAAAAUCUCUCCCAUAAAGGGUCAUUCCGUGGUGAAAGGAAGGCUUAUCAUGACCACUGUAAAGCUUCUUCUUGUUCCGUGGAGGAGAUGAAAUGCCAGUCGUUGGUGGUUCCGGUAUGCGCAGCGGAGGGAGAGAGCAGAGUGCCGAAGAGGUCCAGGCGACCCUGCCUCGAUCCGAGAAGGGUCGUGAUGAUAUUCGCGACAGUGUCAAGCAUUGGAACCAUGGUGCUCAUAUACUUUACCAUGGCAAUUGGCAAGAUCAACGGUGAUGACGCCCAGGCCAGAUGAUCUGAAAGGCUGCUUCGGAGCGGUCGUAUUUUGCCGAUUUUAUUAGAGGACCAUCACGAACCUUGCGUUCCCACAGCAUAAUAAUGUAAUAUGCCGCUUCUUAAAUAGGAAAGGCUACUAGGAGUUGAAGCAACAAACGGUAGGUAGGGUGAUGGCUCUGCAGAGAUUCCUUCAGUUCCCAUCCCAUGUUAGAGAGCAGAGUCCUCACCUUACUGUGGCUGACUUGACUGUACAUGCUUGUUUACUCCAGCAACGAACAAGAGUUCCAGAAUAAAGGAGAGACCUAUUGCACGCGUGCUGGAUUAUGAAUUAUUCCUUUUCAUCUUUCCCAUCUUCACUCC